AUGUCACCUAUCGAUGAUAAACAAAAAAAGACAGUAUUAUCAAUAACUGGCAAAGAAGAACAAGACCGAGAACAAGAGCAAAUAACUUCUGGAACUGAUACUGCCAGUAUGACUGGUUCAGGUGACUCUAGUCAAACAGCUACACCAACCCCAGGUCUAAUUCCAAUCCCUAAAAAAUCGAGAAGGAUAAAGACAAAUAAACCAAGACCCUUCGUUUGUUCUACUUGUACAAGAGGCUUUGUUAGACAAGAACAUUUGAAAAGGCAUCAAAGAUCACACACUAAUGAAAAACCAUUCUUAUGUGUCUUUUGUGGACGUUGUUUCGCAAGAAGAGAUUUGGUCCUUAGACAUCAACACAAACUUCAUGCCGCUUUAAUAGGUACCUCGAUGGAUUCGUACACUAAUAGCAGUAACAAUAACGGAAUACCUGUUCCAUUUCAAGGUCCAUUACCUGAUUCUGCUGAAGAUAAGAUUAAUAAAAAUAUAAUUCAAAUAAAGGGAAAUAAAGCUACCAUUCUACCGACACCUAGAAAUCCUCUUGCGAAGACAGCAGCACAAUUGAAAAGAGAAGCGAGGGAAACUGAAGCAAGAAAUAAACAUGAAUAUCGGAGGACCUCCAAUGAAUGGCAUCCAGAUGUAACAUCGACAACUUCCUCUUUAAAGUCAACGCCAUCUCCUGCAACUUAUAUUCCGUCUGGUUCAGUAGGUCCACCACCUGUCCAUUUCGAAGAACAACAACAACAACAACAACAACCGAUUGAUUAUUAUAGUCAUCCUCUUCGUCAAGAGCACAAAAUUGGACGUGAACCAUCGCCAGCACUACUUCAAGAUGGUACAUCUAGAUCUAAAAGGCAUGCAUCCUUUUCUGCUUCGAGUGCAUUUACAUAUGCUCCAGAUAACCCCACUGAAAAAAAUACACGUAACAUUAGCAAUAAUAACAACGGAUCAGGUUCUGAGUCUAUGAAUGAUGUCCCUCAUCAAGUCGGAUUUUCCACACCACAAUUAACAGCUCAACAAUUGAUAGAUAAAGCAUUGGAAUCAGGUGUCGAUUUUGAAGCUCUUGAAUUACCUCCAUUUUUCUCCUUGGAUGACCCCAAUAGUUAUGGGGAUUCUAAAUUCAACAUUAACGAUAUACAGUUCUCACUUUCUAACGACGCAUCCAAUAUCCCUGGAAAUACUAAUAACAUUCAACCAAAUAAUCAACCAUCCGUUUUACAUGUUAAUUCAAGCGUGUAUAAUAUAUCGACAGGAGUCCAAUCGCAAAUGAAUAUAAGCUCCCGUGGACCACCACCAAUGACACCCAAUAAUGGAGAUAUUUAUGGUUUUGCACCAUACUUAUCAGAUUUCCUUACUAUGAGUUCCUCAUUUGGAGGGUCUGGUGGGUUUUCCAAAUCAAAUUCAGUAAACUCAAAUUUAGCAUAUUUUAAUUAUCAAAAUAUACCUUACCAACCAGAACAUGAUGUCCACCAGUUUUCAAUACCGGAAAGUAAUCUCCCACAAAUGGUUCAUGAUAAUACCACCGCAAGGUAUCCACAACAUCCGGAAAUUGGCCGUCCAGCAAGUGAACAACCAACAAAACAGGCUUCAAGUCAAGAGGUGUAUUAUAUGAGCCAAUCUCAUGAAUUUGACAGGCCAAAAACUGCCCAAGGCGCUUUAGAAAUUAGUAAUGGAACCUCUCUUUUGAAAUCCAACUUAACAAAUAACCCAGACUACCAACAGCACUUGUCGACGAAAAUGGUGGAAAUCUCGAAUAUCCAUCCUGAUGAACAUUGGUUAACUGAUUUUAUUGCCCAUCCGUUGGAUAUGGAUUUCAAAACUUCUGGCGACCAUUUCAAUGAAAUCGGAUUCUUAGAUAAUGCUAUAGGCCAGGCCCCAACUCCACCUUCAGUUGACCCAAAACCUUUAUCUAAUGUGUUACCUAAAUUAAUAGAAACGAAAGAUAAUUUGCGAGAUAUUCAUACCAAUCAAGGAGAAAAAAUAGCUCUUGCUGUCAACACACAUCCGAAUCUCAAUACUCAAAAUAACCAUGCAUCUUCAGCAACUGGACACAAAUUAGAUGAUGUUAAAAAAUUGACUUAUAAUGUGUCUAGUCUAUUUAACUCAAGACAAUUUGAUCUAUUCCAAAAAUCAGUUGCCUCCAGUAAGAAUUUAAAAGAUAUAUCGAAUGGUUCAAAUGCUAAAUAUACGAGAAAUAAAAACUUGAAAAUAUGUUUCUUCACAGAAGAAUUACGUAAUUCCAUAAUAAAUGAUAAUAAGUCUUUGGCGAAUUUCUUUCCUACUGUCGAUGAAUUAAAUGAUUAUGUUCAAUUAUAUCAAAGGGAAUUUCAUUAUUAUUUCCCCAUCCUACAUUUAUAUUCAGUUGAACCUUCCAUGGAGAAUUAUCCACUCCUAUUGUCAAUUGCUAUGUGUGGUGCCAUUUACGGCUUCCAUUCAAUACAUGCUAAAAUUUUAUCAAACAUUUCAUGGAUCCAUGUAAGGGAAUAUUUAGAACAGAAAAAUAAUUGCUAUGAGACUACACCAUUAUGGAUUAUCCAAAGUUUAAUUCUAUUAACGUUUAUUGGUAUAUUUAGUAAUGACGUUAACGUGAUCAAAAACAUGAAACCACAGUUAAUGACACUAAUUCAAUUAGUUAAAAUCACAAAAUUAAACUUACCAUUAGAGAAUUUCGUUAAACCACCGAUCGAGAGUGAUCAUGUCAUGGAAUUCCAAGAUAAUCCAUCAAAAUUGGCUAAGAUUAAGGGCCAAUAUAAAACUGAGGAACAAAUUGAGAAAAAUUUUAAUUAUUUCAUAUUAGCACAAUCCAGAAUUAGAACUUGUCAUGUGGUGUUAUUAUUAUCGAAUUUUUUUUCAUCAGUUAGUGGUAGAGAUUGUUGUUUCCAUUCAUUAGAUUUAAAAUGUGGUAUCCCAUGUUAUCAUGAAGUUUUAUAUUUGGCAGAAGAUUCUGAAAUUUGGUCAUUUUAUCUUAAUAAGUUUAAUAUCGAAUUAGAUUCUAAAUUUUCUUUGAUUGAAUUGUCAAAUGGGGAUGGAUCCUAUGAGAAUUGUUUGAUGUAUUUAUCGAAUGGUAGCCAAUUUCUUUAUGAAAACACGAAAAUAUCAUUCAAGACAUUAUUAUCGUUGUUAAUUUCCAUUCAUGAAAAAAUAUUUAUUGAAAGAAAUGUUAUUAAACAAAACUUGUAUAAUGAUCCUCAUAUUAGUAAUAGCUCACAUGCUUCUAUUCAAUUAAAUGAUAUUAAAUGGAGAAUGACUUCGAGACCUAUUGUUGCCUCAAUGUUGAAAUAUUGGGAAGCAUUAUAUAUUAAGAAUGGUGGUAUCUUAGUUCCAAAUAAAGAUAAUAUUCCGAUGAUUAGAUCGAAUCCGUCAAUGAGAUUAAUUAUUCCUCUGCAUUUAUUUGCAAAAAUUAGGAAAUGUAUUGAUUUGUCAACCAUUUUAGAAUUAAUUUGGUUACAAGAAUGGAAUUUAAUGAAUGAAAAUUUGAAAUCAUUUUUAUAUGAUUGGGAAUCAUUACAUGAAGCAACUACUUAUUCCGUAAGUAUUAUUGGCUUUUGGAUUGAUACGAUAUCUAUUACUGAAAAUUCACAGAAUAUUAAGACACCAAUUUUAUCCGUGACAUGCAUUUUCACAUCGAUUCUAAUUCUUUCAGAAUAUCUAAAACUGAUUGAAAAUUGGGCUAGUGAUGUAAUUAACAACAGGAAAGACGUGGAUUCAACGAGUCUUAAAAUUCCAGAUAGAACAUUAUGGUUAAAAGCAUUCAAAUUAAUGAAGAAAAUUGAAAGACAGUUGCUAUCAAAAGGUGCUAACUUUCAGGGCUAUGCGGAAUUUUUAAACUUACCUGAAGGUAGUAAAUUAUUGGAUGAUAAUUUUGUGGAAAAUGUGAUGAGAAUAGAAUCACCUAUACACGAUACUAUCAAGUUCUUGAAGACAAUGAAAAUGUCCAUUAGAUGUCUUUAUAUGGGUGUAAGAAUAUUGGGUGAUUCACCAGUUUGGCCAAUAUCAUUGACUUUUGCAAAUGCGUUACAAUCUCGAGCAUUAUACAUCCUAAAAGAAGGAGAUACCGAACAAAGGAUUCAACCAGACAAUGUUCAAAAUUAG